AUGGCUAAUAACCUAAAAAAAGAUACAAGAGCUUUUGACUUUAUUGGCAACCUAUAAGUAGGCCGAUAUAAUCGGUAAUUUAAAACUUCCACAAAAUAAACACUAAUCCGAAAGACAAACAAUUUUGGACCCCAUUUAGUAAAAAUCUCUCAGAGUACAGAUUGUAUUGCUGAGGCGCAAUCGAUAAAAUUAGAAUCAGGGAUUUUUGUUUCGAAUGCUCUGAUCAAUAACGUUUCAUUAUUAAGUAUACUGAUAGGUUAUAAUAUGCCUAUAGGGAGUUAUUCUGGUGCCUUAUUAAACAAUAAAGUACAAGGCAACACUCGUAGGACACAGCUAAUAUCGAUUGCAAUUGACGGAAAUUCUAUGUCUAACCCUCGUAGUGGCCUUCAAAAUCACCAGCUGAGGGUGGAGAAACGAAUUGACUUAACCCGCAUCUAUCGAUUACCUCUCUCAGAUUAUAGAUUGUACCGUACGUCUCUAGCGAAAUAGACAUCGAAAUUGGACUUGGUUCCGAAAUGAUGUUGCUUUGUAAAUACUUUGGAGGAUGAAGUGUGUUCCUUUCAGAAGGCCUAAGAACAUGCCUAGAAGUAAAAGCAGAUGAUGCAGUUACCUUUAAAAUUAUCUGAAGUGCGCCACGAUCAGCGAAGAGUGGCAGCUAUGAUGCAGGCCACGUCUCUGAGAUAUCAUUCGAUCCCAACAACGAGUCUUUAUCACAGCAGCUAUUACAAUAAUAUCAAGUACAAUUAUUUGUUGAAUCGAUCACGGCGGCCGUUGGUUAGCAACAACGCUGAUGGUGUCAUGAACUUCAGUUCAGACUCUCAAAACGUGUCCUUACCGGACAUCAACGGUAUUAAACAUCUCUAUGAUAAGUACCACACUAAGAGGCAUGACGAAGCAGUGAACGUUUGUAAGACAUUUCCACCCAUUCAUCCAAGGGAACCUCCUGGUGCAUCAGGGAGAGUGGAUCAAAGAGCAUGUGCAUGCAAAAAUAUAGCACAUAGACUCUCAUCUCACAGUAUUUCAAAUGGCGUUGCAAAUUUCCUACCAAAAUUGCCAAAUAGUUCUUCUUUAGUUGACGAAACAUGGAAAGUUUACAACUCAAAAGGUUUAACGAAAUUGAAUGUUCGGUCUUUCUGUAAUAGAUCCAUACCGUCGGAAUCAGAAACACCGACAACGGAACUACAAUAUAACAAGACAUUGACAUCAGAAUCAGCUAAGAAUAUUCAACCUGAUCUGAGUUACGAAUGCGACCAGAGUGAGCUAAUAACAAAUGGUGAUAUAAAAAGAACUUAUAAAGAUAACUCAGAGCUUCAUAUAGACUUCAGGCAACUGCAAUUCAGAGGAGAUGAAAGCAACGCAAUGUUCAAAGUUAGUAAUGAACGAACUGUCGCGCAGAAUGGUGUCAAACUACCCAAUAUUUCAAGAACAACGAUGAACAACAAAACCAAGGUCAGGAAAACGAAUGGACCGGCAUUUCGAUAUACACAUCGGAAAUGCACUGAUAUCGGUAAUCUACCAACGUCAGGUCAUUUUAAUGAAACAAUUAGAAGAGAAAAUAAUGAUGACAAAUCUAAGUCAUCGGUUAAAAAACCAGUGGUUAUAUACACUAGAAAUGGUUUAAAAACUGGGAAUGAUGAUAGUUCAAAUCUGAAAACACAUAACAAAGAUAGCCCAACAAUUGUAAAAUCAAGCUCUACACAAGUUUUAGACUCGCUUUCUUCAAAAGUUACCGAGGAGAGCAGAGAAAACGGGUUGGCAGAUACCGGUCUUGAUAACACUUCAGAAGAAACAAAAUCAAAAACAAGUGGAUUAACAUCAGAUAGUGACACGGAACUAACGGACACAGAUGAUUCAAGUGAAAGUUCUGACGGAACUUUACAUUUAAUAAACGACUCAAAUGAUCCAGUUAAAAAUAUUAAUGAUCAAUCACGUGAUGCAUGGCGCGAAGCCUACGUGAAUGCACUCGCUGUUGCUCGUAGCAGACGUCCAGACUUUUCGUUUCUUGAGAGUCGGAUAUCCCGCCCCUUUUCUUUCUCGUAUUUUGAACAUGUUCCGUACUGUAAGUGCAAGAAAUGUAUGGAAAGAACGAUGAAAAAUAGAGGACGUGCUAAAAAAAAAGUCACAGAUAUGAAAUUAAUAUUUGGUGACGUCAAAAUGUUCGAUUACUACAAGCCAUGAUGUUUUAUUGUUUUAAGAUAGCUCGAUUAAGCAUGGCUUGAUUGAGCUCUCAUCAUGACUGCAUUAUGCUGCAGCGUUUUGUUUGGCCACAAAAGAACAAUUGCUAUAAAUCAAAUGGAUAAUAAUACAGUGCUCAAAUAUAUAGGAACAUUGUGUUAUAAAUCGUAUCAAACAUAGUUCAUCAACGAAAGUUCCUUAUUAAUUGUAUGAAUCAAAAAUGAGGUCUCUAGUAAUAUGAAAAUCGAAACGGCAAGCUUAAGCCAUAUCGACAAGCGCCAUACAAUUUAGACGUCAGUGGCCGUAAGAUAUUAUUACGGAUCUAAGACCACUAGACUCUCUCCCUUCAUACAACUUAAGGGCUUACACAUAGAGGAGCCAAUUUUUUAUUGUUUAAGCUGCGUAAUAGCUUAUGGGUAUCGGCUGGUAAAUAAUGAGAAAUAAUAUAUUCAAAUCAAGCUUUUGCUGCUUAGCACUGGGAACUCAAAUUUAAAAUAUAUCGAUAAAAUUUCCUUAAGAUUUAACACUCAUAAUAAAAUCUAAUAGCAUACCGUACAUCAAAAUUUGAUAGUAAUUUUAAAAACAUAGUUUAAUUUGCAGAAAUAUUUAAAUUUGCAACAAUGCAAAUUUAAUUAUAAUCUCUUAUUUAUAAUUAAUUUAUUACUUCAACCACUCGUCGUUUAUAGUGAUAAUUUUAUGAAAAUUUAAAACACUGCAAAGUAUUAAGCGAUAACUGACAGCAGGUUCGGUUGGGCGUCAGAAUUAUGACCAUAAUUGCAAUGCAAAUACUGUACAAUACAUUUGUUUAUGCAAUCAACAUAAGCGUAAAUUAAACAGAAACAGUAUUGUUUCAUAAUUGAAGUGCUAUUAGGUAAUGGCCAAAUAUUAUUCUGUUUUGUGGUUCUGGAUGUGCAAGAUACUGCAAAAAUGAAUAGGCUCUUAGGAUGCAGAUUACUGUACAUAGGAGAAAAGAAAAACUAAAUACCAUGAUAAGGGUCAAAAUUGACAAGUUUGCUUUACACAAAUUAACUUGUUGGCUCAAAAGUUAUCAAAAUGUAAAUUUGAAGGAAAUAAUAUUUUUUAGUUGUUUUGAUACAAUUUAUAAAUAGUAUUCCAUUUAUGUGGAAAUGUGUUGACUUGAACACACUGUACACACAGAAAUUGUCCCAGUCCCCUUGUUAUGGGUAUCCUACUGAUAGAGGUUGGUCAGAACAGAAUGUUAAAUAAUAUACAGAUAGGCUUAUUUCCCCAUGUUUCACAAAUGUUGCUUAUAGGGUGUGCUAAAGGAUGGAUUCUAUUGUAUAUUAUGAAAAGUGGAUUUGCAUGUGUGAUUUAAGUAAAAUAAAAAAAAGUACAAACAAUGAAAAGACAAUGUACAAUCAUUGAAUCAUUGAAGGUUGACUCACGGAACACAAAUUUAUUGAAAUAUAAUAAAACGGAUAUUGCAAUAGG